UGAGCUCAGAAAAGCUACCUUUAAAAGGUCGUGCGGAGCCGGGCUGUCGCAGGCAGUGAGGCUGGAACCCGAAGGUGCGGCAGCGUGUGGGAGACCGGCGCCAGUGGCCUAUCGGACCUCGCUCGGGGAAUUCCGGCGUCGCUGGGGGCGGGACCGGGGGCGGGGCCUGGCCUCGUUGUGGCGCGGCUCGUAAUCCAUUAUGGCGGCCUCGGGGGUCGGUGUCUCUCCCUAAGAGGCGUCGGAGCUGGAACCGGGUGCCGGGUCCUGCGGCUGAGGACUCCUUCCGCGGCACACACCCUCACUGGCUGGAGAAGCCGGGUUCCUCGACUGAGCCCGGCAUGUGACUCCUCGGCGGCGGCGGCAGGGGCCGGUGCCGGGGGAGGGGUGUCUCGGGUAGAGACCCUUGGGCUCGGGGCAGCUGAGGCGCCGGGCCUCCUCCCCUGUGGCUGGCUCCAGGUUCCGGACCGCGGGAGUCCUUCGUCCCUCCUAGCUCUGCUCUGGCUCUGGGACACCCAGAGUGGUCUCUGUUUCUCCCUACCUGGGACACCCUGUUUCCUGAGGAGGAGCGUCGCCCCCGAAUAAGCCUCCCGCGCCCUGCCUGGGAAGUCGCUUUCUCACCCCCAGACCGCCUUUCGCUCGAUUUCAACCCCCAAGUUUGCCACGGAGCCCCUCAUUCAAAUCAUCUCCCUGCUGUCAAGAGAUCUCCGGGGGGUCCUCCCAGAUUGCUUCCACCGGCCUCCGAUGUCCUGACUUCUUCCAAUGUCACCUACAGCCCCAUUGGUCACACUGCAGCCCAAAACUUUAAUGCAAAGGAAGAGUCUGGAUUGGUUUCACAGGCCUUUUAAAAAGCGGACUUAAAAGUUGCUGGUUAUGCAUUUCUUCUCGGCAGAGUGGAGAGCAAACUCUCGAUGAGAUCUGUGUGACCCGUGUCAUUUUUCCGGAGAGCAGGGCAGGGAAGUGAGAGCGGCAGGAAAUUUGUUACAAGAUGGAGAGACAGAGAUAGGGAAUUGGUUGACUUCCACAGGAAAGAUUGCAGAGAAUAUAAAAGCCGCUCAACCUUUGCAUCUCGCUGGGGAGUUGAAAUGACUUUCAGUACUGUUGGUCCUUUUCUGACUUUUCUGUGAAUAGUUUUAUCUAUCUAAAGUUCCCCUCUUGCAAAGAAAGUGUUCCUCGGCUUGCAACGUAGACUUAGAUUGAAGAAACUUUUGGGUAGCAUUGCGGUUACAUGACUUCAAACUAAUUACCCUGGAAAAGAAUUCCAGACUCCUGUUUACAUGUGUGGACCUCAAACCCAGCUUCCCUUUCUCAUGGAAGUUGUCUGUCUGUGAUUGACCCAAGUUACUGACCCAAGUCGGUGGUGUGAAGUUCUGGGUAUAUACUGUUGCCUGCUAACCCCCACGGACCAUUCUGAAAGGUCUUGAACCCUCUUCUGGAAAGGGGCGCCUAUUAUUGCUUUAUGGGGCAGCAGCCUGGAAAAGUUCUUGGGGACCAAAGAAGGCCUAGUUUGCCCGCCCUGCAUUUUAUCAAAGGGGCAGGGAAGAGGGACUCAUCGAGGCAUGGGGGCCCACACUGCAAUGUCUUUGUGGAACACGAAGCUCUGCAGAGGCCAGUGGCGUCUGACUUUGAGCCCCAGGGUCUCAGCGAAGCAGCUCGAUGGAACUCCAAGGAAAACCUUCUUGCUGGGCCCAGUGAAAAUGACCCCAACCUUUUUGUGGCACUCUAUGAUUUUGUGGCCAGUGGAGAUAACACUCUCAGCAUCACUAAAGGUGAAAAGCUCCGGGUCUUGGGUUAUAAUCACAACGGGGAAUGGUGUGAAGCCCAAACAAAAAAUGGCCAAGGAUGGGUCCCAAGCAACUACAUCACCCCCGUCAACAGCCUGGAGAAACAUUCCUGGUAUCAUGGCCCUGUAUCUCGAAAUGCUGCUGAGUAUCUGCUGAGCAGCGGAAUCAACGGCAGCUUCUUAGUGCGGGAGAGUGAGAGUAGCCCUGGCCAGAGAUCCAUCUCGCUGCGGUAUGAAGGGAGGGUGUACCACUACAGGAUCAACACUGCCUCUGAUGGCAAGCUGUACGUCUCCUCGGAGAGCCGCUUCAACACUCUGGCUGAGUUAGUUCACCAUCACUCCACGGUGGCUGAUGGCCUCAUCACCACACUCCACUACCCAGCUCCCAAGCGCAACAAGCCCACCAUCUACGGUGUGUCCCCCAACUACGACAAGUGGGAAAUGGAGCGCACUGACAUCACCAUGAAGCACAAGUUGGGUGGAGGCCAGUACGGGGAGGUGUACGAGGGCGUUUGGAAGAAGUACAGCCUCACUGUGGCCGUGAAGACCUUGAAGGAGGACACCAUGGAGGUGGAGGAAUUCCUGAAGGAAGCCGCGGUGAUGAAGGAGAUCAAACACCCUAACCUGGUGCAGCUGCUAGGGGUGUGUACCCGGGAACCACCGUUCUACAUAAUCACUGAGUUUAUGACCUAUGGGAACCUGCUGGACUACCUGCGGGAGUGUAACCGGCAGGAGGUGAGCGCCGUGGUGCUGCUUUACAUGGCCACACAGAUCUCAUCAGCCAUGGAGUACUUGGAGAAGAAGAACUUCAUCCACAGAGACCUUGCUGCCCGGAACUGCCUGGUAGGGGAAAACCACUUGGUGAAGGUGGCUGAUUUUGGCCUGAGCAGGUUGAUGACAGGGGACACCUACACGGCCCAUGCUGGAGCCAAAUUCCCCAUCAAGUGGACCGCGCCUGAGAGCCUGGCUUACAACAAGUUCUCCAUCAAGUCGGACGUGUGGGCAUUUGGAGUACUGCUCUGGGAGAUUGCUACCUAUGGCAUGUCACCUUACCCGGGAAUUGACCUGUCUCAGGUUUAUGAGCUGCUGGAAAAAGACUACCGAAUGGAGCGCCCUGAAGGCUGCCCGGAGAAGGUCUACGAGCUCAUGCGAGCAUGUUGGCAGUGGAACCCCUCCGACCGGCCCUCCUUUGCUGAAAUCCACCAAGCCUUUGAAACCAUGUUCCAGGAAUCCAGUAUCUCAGAUGAGGUGGAGAAGGAGCUGGGGAAACGAGGCACGAGAGGAGCUGCUGGGAGUAUGCUGCAGGCCCCAGAGCUGCCCACCAAGACCAGAACCUGCAGGAGAGCAGCUGAGCAGAAAGAUGCGCCUGACACCCCUGAGCUGCUCCACACGAAGGGCCUGGGAGAAAGCGAUGCACUGGACAGUGAGCCUGCUAUAUCGCCACUGCUUCCUCGGAAAGAGCGUGGGCCCCCAGAUGGCAGCCUAAAUGAAGACGAGCGCCUUCUCCCCAAAGACAAAAAGACCAACCUGUUCAGCGCUUUGAUCAAGAAGAAGAAGAAAAUGGCGCCGACACCCCCUAAGCGCAGCAGUUCCUUCCGAGAGAUGGAUGGCCAGCCAGAACGCAGAGGGGCUAGUGAGGAUGACAGCAGGGAACUCUGCAAUGGACCACCAGCUCUCACCUCAGAUGCAGCAGAGCCUACCAAGUCCCCAAAGGCCAGUAAUGGGGCUGGCGUCCCUAAUGGAGCCUUCCGGGAGCCGGGCAACUCAGGCUUCCGUUCUCCCCACAUGUGGAAAAAGUCCAGCACACUGACCGGGAGCCGCCUGGCUGCUGCCGAAGAGGAGAGCGGCAUGAGCUCCAGUAAGCGCUUCCUGCGUUCUUGCUCAGCCUCCUGCAUGCCCCAUGGGGCAAGAGACACAGAGUGGCGGUCGGUUACACUGCCUCGAGACCUGCCGUCUGCUGGCAAGCAGUUUGACUCAUCCACUUUUGGAGGGCACAAAAGUGAAAAGCCAGCUCUGCCUCGGAAACGGACCAGUGAGAGCAGGUCCGAGCAGGUGGCCAAAAGCACAGCGAUGCCCCCUCCCCGGCUGGUGAAGAAGACCGAGGAGGCCGCUGAAGAAGGCUUCAAAGACAUGGAAUCCAGCCCUGGCUCCAGCCCUCCCAGCUUGACUCCCAAACUCCUCCGCAGGCAGGUCACUGCCUCUCCUUCCUCUGGCCUCUCUCACAAGGAAGAGGCCACCAAGGGCAGUGCCUCAGGCACGGGGACUCCAGCCACUGCAGAGCCAGCACCCCCCAGCAACAAAGUGGGCCUCAGCAAGGCCUCCUCUGAGGAGAUGCGCGUAAGGAGGCACAAGCACAGCUCGGAGUCCCCAGGAAGAGACAAGGGGCGACUGGCUAAGCUCAAGCCUGCCCCGCCGCCUCCUCCUGCCUGCACAGGAAAAGCAGGCAAGCCCGCACAGAGCCCCAGCCAAGAGGCCGGGGAGGCAGGGGGAGCCACAAAGACAAAAUGCACGAGUCUGGCUGUGGAUGCUGUGAACACUGACCCCACCAAGGCCGGUCCACCUGGAGAAGGACUGAGAAAGCCUGUGCCCCCAUCUGUGCCAAAGCCCCAGUCGACUGCUAAGCCUCCAGGGACCCCCACCAGCCCGGUCUCCACCCCCUCCACAGCACUAGCUCCUUCACCCCUGGCUGGGGACCAGCAGCCAUCAUCUGCUGCCUUCAUCCCCCUCAUAUCAACCCGUGUGUCUCUUAGGAAGACCCGCCAGCCGCCAGAGCGCAUUGCCAGUGGCACCAUUACCAAGGGUGUGGUUCUGGACAGUACUGAGGCCCUGUGCCUUGCCAUCUCCCGGAACUCAGAGCAGAUGGCCAGCCACAGUGCUGUACUGGAGGCUGGCAAGAACCUGUACACUUUCUGUGUGAGCUAUGUGGACUCUAUCCAGCAGAUGAGGAACAAAUUUGCCUUCCGUGAGGCUAUCAACAAGCUAGAGAGCAACCUCCGAGAGCUGCAGAUCUGCCCUGCCACAGCCUCCAGUGGGCCAGCUGCCACCCAAGACUUCAGCAAGCUGCUUAGCUCUGUGAAGGAGAUCAGCGACAUUGUCCGGAGGUAGCAGCAACCAGUGUAUGUCAGCAAGAGAUGUUGCAGUCCACAGGGCUCUUGUGCCUAUAAAGAUGGGGACAGGGAGCUGGGGAGCUGGCAUCUUUCCCCAGGAGCUUUACAGAGUGACAAGCAGAGCCUGAGGGAGUCCUGGAUGGAGCCUGGUGGAGUCGGCCCUUCCUCCUGUGCUGUGCACCAGCUGCCCUGCACCUUUCCUGUCCAGCCCAGGCGUCAGCCACCUCUCCUCACUGCCUGUGGAUGGGUCUCCUGCUCUGAAGACUACAUCUGGCCUGCCUGGCCACCAGGCUUCUCACUCCCCGGUGCCUCAGACCCAGCUCCCAGGUCAGCCUGGAAUGCUCUUCCCUGUCCUUGCAGGAGAAUGACCUCCUCUGAUGGACCUUCUUGUCACCAAGGCAUGGGAGCCCCUGUGCUUGCUGUCCCUGCACCUUCAGUACUUACAAACUGUCCCCGAGAGCCUGUGCUCACUGUGUUUUCAUUGGAAGGAAGCUGUCGCUCUAAGGGUCAUGAGGUGCUAAAGCCAGGGGCCCAGAUGGGUGGGCACUGGAAACAGGAGCUGGGCAGUGUGGUCUGUCACCUGCUCUCAAUAUCUUCAGCAGUGUGCCCGGCAGAUCCUGGACAGCAAGCUUGAGUUUUAUGGGUGGCAGUCACUGGCUGGCUUGGCACAUAGCCAAGCCAACCCUAGGCCUCCAAGGGCUCCCCAGAAUCUGAAUUUCUGAGUAGUCUUCAUCCCCUCUCCUGCUCUAAGGUCAGGUCCAUCCUCUCUGGUCCUUACCUUGAUGACAAGGAUCCAGCCUUCUGGUGUUUUUGAGCAUUUCAAAGGUCUGCAUAGAAAGGAACAGCCACUAGGUACAAGCAGGCAGGAAUCUGGGCUCUCCUGAGCCCUGACUGCUUCUCAGAACUGCUGCUUAACCACUGAGAACAGUGCUCAGCCCAGAGCUCCUGAGAGGCACGCACAUCACGCUGGGGUUGGGUGUCCCUUGCAGACUCAGCCAGGGCAUGUCUUCCUCCUAAGGCAGCCAGGACCAGAGCUGAGCACAGGCACAGGUGUGGGCGACUCCUUGACUAACCCAGAGCAGCCAGCCUAGGCCUCAUACCAGGCUGACCCAGAACAGGGCGCAUGCCUAGGCCUUGUACCAAGCUGGAAGACAUCUCCACACUCCCUGCUUCUCCACUGCAGGUGUGCUGUGCUGGCCCCAGGCCCACACUGAUCACCUAGAUGCAGGGCUGGUAGAGAUGAUUUCCUCUGGUCCUCGUAGCACCUCACCUCUUUACCUCCAAAGGCUGCUCUGCAGCCCAAGGGAGGCCGUGCCACACUGCCAGUGACCUUGAAUAGCCAGACACCACCAUCCCCUGACACUGUGCUCACAAGGCCCCUGCUCUGUUGCUGCCGUGGCUGCCACUAUAUUUUGUAUUACACUUUGAUAUUACACUCUUUUUUAAAAUAGACUUGCGCUCUUAUAAAUGACAUGUAAAUAGUUCACCACUGUGCCCCCUCUGGCACACCAACAGCAUUCCCCUUUUUUCUCAGUCCAGUACAUUUUGUUUCUGUAUAUGACUUUUUUGAAUCCAAAUCUCUCUGUAGUAUUUUUUAAAUAAAUGUUUACAGAACUAUUGACA